UUUUCCUUUUUCUUUAUUUUCUUUUUCAUUUUUUGUCUCCUUUAUAUUAAUUUAUCUUUAUUCAGAAGGAAAAAAAAAAGUCAAAGAAUACUACUUCUUUAAAUUCCACUCCCCCCCUUUUCUUUUUAUCAUUAUUUCUUUGUAUAUAAAAAGAAAGAAAGAUGAAUUCAACAGUAGUCAUUGAAGGAAUGGACUUGCAACAUUAUUUUGAACAACAAUACGAUAUAGAAGCAGCCUUAUUACCUUCAACAGCAAAUCAUUAUAUGGAAAACAUGGAUGAAUUUAAAGAAGUAGAAGAAAAGGACUUUGCAGCAUUGAAUAAUACACUAUUGAUAAAAGAGUCAGAAAUAUUUGCUUUAAAGGAGGUGAUAUUUAAAUGGAGAAAUAGAGCUUUAGAAGCAGAAUUAAAUUAUUUUGAUCAACUACAAUUAUUGCAAGCACGAUACGAGCAUGAAUUGAAGUCGAUGAAUUCAAGAUAUCAAAGAAAAUUGAAUGAAAAAGAAGACAUGAUCAAUAAUCUAAAAGAACAAGUAGAUUACCUGAUAAUUCAACGAAAUAACCAGCAAGAAGAAGAAGAAGAAGACAAUGAUAGUCUUUCAUCUUUUGUUACUGAUGAGGAUUCAAGUAUUAUUUACAACGAGAAACAAGAAUUUGAUGAUAACGUUAAAAAAGAAACCAGUGAAUCAAAAGUAAUUCUUGAUAAUAUUCAAAAUGCUGUAUGUGCUAUUGAGAAAGAACUCAACUUUCAUUUAACUAUGAAUGAAGAGCAUUAUUAUUAUCCUCGUAAAUCUCCUGCUUAUAUCUCAUCUGCUACAGGUCGUUCUUCUUCAACUUUAGUUGAUACUGAAGUAGGUAUUAAUAAAGAUAUCUCAAAAAAGAAGUCAAAAAAUUCUGCUUUGUUCAUCAAUCGUAUCUUUAAGAAAGCAUUCCGCUAUAAGAAGAAACCAACUAAUAAUAAUAUUCUUUCAUUAUUUGACACUAUCCCAAGACAUAGCACGUCAAAUGAAACUGUCAUUCCUGUAUGCCACACAAAAAUGAUAACAUCAAGCAGUACUCAUCUAUGAGAUACUAUGGCUUGAUUAUAUGCCUUUUUUUUUUCUUUUAUAAAUAUAAAUAUAUGAAUUAUUACAUCUUAUAUUAUUAAAGAUGAUAUGAUAAAAACUACGAUGUUAUAUAAAAAAUUUCUCCAUAAUGA